AUGGCCGCACCAAAACGCCGCGACUACCAAAACGUCCCAGCCGUCGACAUCGACGACGACGACGACCUGAUCGACCCCGAUGAUGCCGACCUCAACACCUUCGACGACCCCCUCUCCCAACCCACCACCUCCCGCACCACCACCACCACCACCACCAACACCACCACCCCCGGCCUAACCGGCAGCAUCGGCAGCCGCAGCUCGGGGCACGCCUCCUCCUGGACGUCGCGCAUUCCCGGCGAAGACCGGACGACGGCGUCGGCCGCGUCGCCCUCCACCAUCGACGAGUCCGUGUGGGCCACGCUGCGGCGCGACCUGCUCGCCGUCUGGCGCAAGCUGCUCGAGGUGCUGUACCCGCGGCACCUGUUCGCGGCGUGGGGCGGGCCGGACUCGCUGCGGGGCGCGUACGCCUCGCUGCGGAGCGGGGGGUUUGCGGGGGCGAGGGAGGAGUUGGCGGGGUUGGCGGGAAGGGUGUUGGAUGCGGAGAGUUUGUUGGGGGGUGGUGGGAAGUGCAGGUGGGAGUGGUGCGGCCGGGGAGUAUGCUGCGGGGCGGGGGGUUGA